UCCCUAUACGGCACUAUUUCCACUCCUGCUUUCUUUGCUUUCACUGCUCUCUCUAUCUCUCUCUCUCUCUCUCUCUCUCUCUCUCUCUCUCUACUUUCCUUCGUAUACAGUUUUUCAGAUCACCUACUAGGCAACUAUAAACAUCUCUCUCUGUGCAGCUCCAAUUUCGAUUUCAAAGUGAACAAGCAUCGCAAAACAUCGGAUUCGUCUCUUUCUUGGUGUGAACUUUGAUCUCUGUUUAAAGAAACGAAAUCGUCAUGGCUACGGAGCUUUUGGAGAUCCAGCCCCAAGUACUCAAAUUUACUUUUGAGGUGAAGAAACAAAGUUCGUGCUCAAUUCAACUUGGGAAUAACUCCAAUCAGUAUGUUGCUUUCAAGGUAAAAACUACUUCUCCAAAGAAGUAUUGUGUGCGACCGAAUACUGGUAUUAUUAAGCCCAAAGCAACAUAUGAUUUCACAGUUACUAUGCAAGCUCAGCGUGUUGCUCCACCUGAUAUGCAAUGCAAAGACAAGUUCCUGAUUCAAAGUACAGUUGUCCCCUUUGGGACAACUGAAGAGGAUCUUACCUCUGACACGUUUUCAAAAGAUGGUAGCAAAUAUAUUGAGGAGAAGAAACUAAGGGUGAUCCUGAUUAGUCCACCUCCUUCUCCAGUACUUUUACCAUGUAAUGGAGCCUUGAAGCAAGAUCCAUCUAGUGAAACUCUGGUGCAAAGACUGCUUAGUGGAGUUGAAAACAUUCCUCCGCCUCGAAAGGUUGCUGAGGAUGCCAAGUUGAUUGAAACUGCUGAGGAAUUGGAUGAGUUAAGAGCAGCCGAAUGUGUGGACUCAAGACCUUCGGACGAUGUGGAGGGGUUGAAAUCAGUGAAGAAUGUUGUUGAGUUGAAUAUCACCAAGGAUUUUGAGGAUAUGAAAUCAAAGCUUAAUACUAUGGAUUCAAAACUCAGAGAGGCUGAACUUACAAUUACAAAGCUGACAGAAGAGAGGAAUAUGACAACUGUAGAGAAGGAUACACUUAAGGAUGAAUUGAUGAGUGAAUUGAAACAAAUAGCCAUGGUCCUAGGUUCAAGUUACAACUCUUUCAUACAGAGAUUAAUGAAUGGAAAGGAAAUGUUGAGGAAGAACAAUGUGAGAAGAAUUCAGAUGGGCUUCCCCUUAUUUUAUGUGUGUAUGGUUGCUCUUAUCAGUGUGGCAGUCGGAUACCUUAUUCAUCCAUAAGAGAGCACGUUUGUGGCCCUAUCACUGAGCAUUUUAGAACGAUAGAUGAUCUGUUUUUUUUUUUUUUUUUUUGGUUUUUUUGGUUUAUUAGAAUGGUCUAACGCCCCAAAUACCCUUUUUUUGUAUGUGAUAUGUGAUAUAGUAACUUCUAUUAUUUGUGCAUAUAGAAAUAACAGAUCUUUUUUUUUUUAAAGGCAAUUUGUUUGAUGUUUACCAAAAAGAAGCCCAUGUAAUGGCAUAACGAGGGUUGAUAUGUGCCACAGUGAAUGUUGGUCAUCUACUUUUGUGGGAUAUUUCUGGAGUGUUGGUGUUAGAACUUAAUGUAAGUUUAUUAACCUGAAUAGAUCUGAAUUUUGCAA